AUGAGUAACACAUUUGAAGCUCGGCAGGAAGGUGCUGCACAAUCCUCUUCAUCUGCGGCGGCCUCUUCUUCUUCUUCCGCUCCAGGGUCGUCCGAUUCCGCGAAUCCAUCAAGUACAGCUCCACCCACACCACAAGAUGCAAGCUCUACUACACCCACAUCACAAAAUGCAGGCUCUACUGCACCCACCACAACAAAGUCUGCCGCGCUCAUUCGUACCUCACUGGCGACGUCAUCGGAAUCGCCUUCCAGUACAUCAAGCAUAACAAAUAUCGCAAGCAGCAGCGCUCUACCCUCAGGAUCUCAUAAACCAAGCUACUCCGGUGGGACUCUCGCAGGAGCUAUAGUAGGAUCCAUUGCAGGAACACUUCUCCUGGCUCUGCUGGCCUUCUUCUGCCUGCGCCAUCGCAGAAAGCGCAACCAUCCCGAUGCAAUGGCCCAAAGUUCCAUAUCUGUAACAACAGAGACCCCCAAACAACCCGCACAGAUUCAAAGUCGCAUUUUCGGUGCCACUGCUGCUACUUCGCACGAUAAGCACACACAUAUCCCUCCCGCUAUCGAGUCGCAACGUUUUGAUCUCGCGUCAUAUAUCCCAAGCCCGGUGGAUGAUAACACUGUUUCCACGAAAAUUCAAACUCUCUAUGAUCAGGCCAGUCUACACAUCGACAAUUACUACUCUCAUACCAAUCUAGCACUUGGGUUGACACCGGAUGUCGUGGCUUGCAUGAACAAAUUUGAUUCACCAUUCCUCCCGUCUCCUUUGGCAAUUUUACUCUCAAACCCAAGGUCUAAGAGAGCUGCUCUGACACACACUUUGGUGAGGGCUCUGCUGCAGGGUAUUCAACCAGGGAGCCAAACAUGCUCUCUCCUUCCGCCAUGCUAUACAAUGAGCCGAAACAAACAAGAAACUAGUGGUGAUGAUUUUGGUACGCUUCUCACAUCCCGUAUUCCUCGUCGAUACUGA